AUCAACCAUUCAACUCUUAAUACAUUUUCCGACGCCGAUCAUCUUCUCCGAUGGAUCUUCUCUUUCUAGAGAAGGCCUUAUUAGGCCUCUUCAUCGCUAUCGUUCUAGCAAUCGGAAUCUCCAAACUCCGUGGAAAGAAAUUCAAGCUUCCACCCGGUCCAAUUCCGGUACCCAUAUUCGGUAACUGGCUCCAAGUCGGCGAUGACCUCAAUCAUCGCAACCUGACAGAAUUAGCAAAGAAAUUCGGAGAGAUGUUUCUCCUCCGAAUGGGACAGCGCAAUCUGGUCGUGGUCUCAUCACCCGACCUCGCCAAGGAGGUGUUACAUACACAAGGUGUUGAAUUCGGGUCACGAACUAGAAACGUGGUUUUCGAUAUUUUCACUGGGAAGGGACAGGACAUGGUGUUCACCGUCUACGGCGAGCAUUGGAGGAAGAUGAGGAGGAUUAUGACGGUACCCUUCUUCACGAACAAGGUGGUUCAGCAGUAUCGAUACGGGUGGGAGGAGGAAGCGGGUGCGGUGGUUGAGGAUGUGAUGAAGAACCCGGAAUCGGCGACGAAGGGGAUCGUGCUGAGGCGACGGUUGCAGAUGAUGAUGUAUAAUAAUAUGUAUAGGAUUAUGUUUGAUAGGAGAUUUGAAAGGGAGGAUGAUCCUUUGUUUGUGAAGUUGAAGGCUGUGAAUGGGGAAAGAAGUAGACUUGCUCAGAGCUUUGAGUAUAACUAUGGCGAUUUCAUUCCAAUCUUGAGGCCUUUUCUCAGAGGAUACUUGAAGAUCUGUAAGGAGGUUAAGGAUAAACGUUUACAGCUAUUCAAGGAUUACUUUGUCGAUCAAAGGAAGAGUUUACUGAAGAAUAAGACAAAUAGCAUGAAAUGCGCAAUAGAUCAUAUCUUGGAGGCUGAACAGAAGGGGGAGAUCAACGAAGAUAAUGUUCUUUACAUCGUUGAGAACAUUAACGUUGCAGCAAUUGAGACAACAUUGUGGUCGAUCGAAUGGGGGAUUGCAGAGCUAGUGAAUAACCAGGAAAUUCAAACCAAGUUAAGGGAAGAACUAGACACAGUCCUUGGCCGUGGGGUGCAGAUAACCGAGCCAGACACGUACAAGCUUCCAUAUCUCCAAGCUGUUAUCAAGGAAACGCUGCGUUUAAGAAUGGCAAUCCCACUACUGGUUCCACACAUGAACCUCCAUGAUGCAAAACUAUAUGGGUAUGACAUUCCGGCCGAGAGCAAGAUCUUGGUGAACGCAUGGUGGCUAGCUAACAACCCUGAGAACUGGAAGAACCCAUCGGAGUUCAGGCCGGAGAGAUUCCUGGAAGAGGAGGCUAAAGUUGAGGUAAAUGGUAAUGAUUUCAGGUUUUUGCCAUUUGGUGUUGGCCGGAGGAGUUGUCCGGGAUUAAUCUUGGCUAUGCCGAUUCUUGGGAUAACGAUUGGGAGGUUGGUUCAGAACUUUGAGAUGCUGCCGCCGCCGGGAGAGUCAAAGAUCGAUACGACCGAGAAAGGGGGGCAGUUUAGUCUGCAUAUUUUAAAGCAUUCCACCAUUGUUUUGAAGCCCAGAUCUAUAUCCUGAUCAUUUAAUCUCUUUUUAUAUUAUGUUUUAUAAUAAGAAUAUUGUUUUUGUUUGUUUUUAUAUAUAUAAUAUGUUUUAUAAUAAUAAUAUGUUUUUGUUUGUUUUA